AUGGCCAACAUCUACGGCACUCAGCGCACAGUUUGCGCCCACACGGACAAAAGCCACUUGGUGAAUUGCGUCAGCACCUCCUCUUCGACUUCGCCGACGUAUUACGAGGACCGGGUUUAUCAUGAAAUGUAAGUUUAAGAUACUAAAAAAGUCACCUGUUUUUUGGUUCUAGAUUUCCUAUGUUUUGGAUUACAUUUUUAUUGUAAAACAUCACUUUUUUUCCAAGUGAAAUUCGGAAAGUCAUAGCCAAAAAAACAUUUUUUGUUUUAUCGGCUCUCCUCAUUUUCUGUUCUUUUCUCCAAAAAAAGAUUGUUGAAUAUGUCGGCUGAAAUUGCAUAGCAUUUGCUAAAAUUUUCACAAACUGUCUUUUUAUCUGCCUGUCGGGAAAAUAACGAGUUCAGAAAAUGAAUUGUCUCGCGGCAAAAUCAAAUUGCUUUCCAUUUCAGCGACACAAUUUUCUCAGCAAAAUUAUGCUCAUUAUUUUCCCGACAGACUAAUAUUUUUUGCACACAGAAAACUUGCAAGUGUUGCGACCUUUCUUCCCCACUUUUUCAAUGGUUAUCUCCCAUUUCCAUCGCUAAAAUCCCCCUUUAUUACUCCUUCCAUACUUACUCAUCUCCCUUCUCCUCAAAAGCCACGAAGCGAUCUUCAAGGUGAUCCUCCGCCCAUUUAUUCCAAGCUUUUAGCCAUAAAAGGAACUCCCGCCGACACGAGUGUCGGAAACCAACUUUUCUUGUACGGACUUUCGUGUUGUAAGCACUUGAGAAAACACAUUAUGUAAGGGCGAAAUACGGCGGACGAAACGCGGUCAAGUGAUUUCUUGAGCAAUUGCGACUUUUGGAAGAGUUGAGGGGAUGUUGCGGUUUUUAUGGGGAUUUUAGGGUAGCCGUGGGGCUACUGUAAUCUCGGUUGUUCAGAUACGAUAAAAGAUGGAAAAAUGGGCGUUUCGGGACACGUUUUGGUUAGAAUUGCAAUUUUUGUAACUUCCGUCGUCCAAGGGCUAUGUGUAGUUUGUUUUUUUGAAGUUUUCUUUACUACUACGAUGGUAAUAGCAUUUUCUGCCGAGUUUGCAAAUGUAACGGCAAAUUUCACCUUCAGGGCAUAACUAGGAAUGACAAUUUUAGAAGCAUGUUUUAAUGGCCUAUGCUGGACCGUUCGCAAGUUCGCUGUAGUGGUUGCGCCGUGCACUGUGCAAAUUAUUGCUUUUUGCACCAUGCAAAAGGUUUGCGGGCUAUCGAUCGCUCCUGGUCCUUUCGCGCAGUGCAAACGCCAAAAAUUACCCCAGUGGCUCUAGCGGACGGAUCAGUACUGAAUUUAUAUAGCCAGAGAACUCAAAAAAAGCAUGUCGGCUGACGCAGCGAGCGAAAAAUCGUCUUUUUUUGCUAUACACAAAAAGAUUUUCAUUUGCGGACAACCAAAAAAAUUGCACUAAAAAACAGUUCAGUUUUUGUAAUUGCCUGCCAGCACAUUCUACAGAGCGUUUUUUUUCAAUUCAGUUUUUGGUCUUCAAAAUUUUUGUAUGUGCCCUCCGCCGCUCAGAAUUCAAAUUUUUAUCACCCGUUCGAUCUAAACUUGCUCCGAAAACAACCCCGAAAUAGAUGUCUCUUUGUACGGCAACAAUACGGAUCCAUUUUAUUCGGCGAUCCACAAAGCCGCAGUCGUAUGCAAAUUAAGGCCGGUCGUCGGAGUUGAGGGGUGGAUAUAAAGGGCACUCCGCGAUGCUUAUGCUUUUACCGCAUUUCCCAUCGUUUAAACACAGGAGGCGCCGCGCAUUUUACAGAUUUAAUUAGCGCUAUCAAGGUUACAAGUUACAGGAGCGCCGAGAUGCGGAGUGUUUGCCAUGAGGCAUUUAUUACAUAGUGGGGGUGGUACAGCGGACUUCGAAAUUGAGGCUUAUGGUGGUUUAGAGGCUAUACGAAGCCCAUAGGAAAUACUCAAAGCGCGACGUUUGGGGUUGAAACAAUUUUUUUUGAUUUUGAAGGCUUCCAAGUGCGAAGUUUAGGUUUUGUUAACUGGGUGCGCCAAUAAAAUCUGGACUAAUAUUUUUGCUUGUCUUGCGUGAUGUUACAGUACGAGAACAAAGUGGGCGAUUACGUCUAAGUAAUACGUCCAAAAAGCUAGGUUUAAAGUUUCAGACAAAAUAAUCGUCUACGACACUUGCUUUGCCAUUAUAAGUGGUUACAACUAAGGCGCCUGAAACACGGACCCCAAACUGGUCAAAAAAUGGUUGCGCUAUGUUUACCGUUUUAUGCUAUGAGCUGAAUUUUACUUUUUCUGAUAGAGCUCCAGUCGGUUUUUAUACACUGAAAUUGAUUUUACCUCGUUAUGACAAUUAGGCUUUUUACAGCUCGCCAAAACUGGCCCUUUCCCGAGAACUCUUUUUAACGCUGAUUAAAACCCAUUUCAUUUGUAUUUCCCCAUUCUUUAUGGUCUAAAAUUAUUUUAUUGCUGUUCCAUGACCCCAAACUUCCCCCUUGUCCUCUAAUUCUCCUAUUACGUUCGAUUAUUAUCCCCAUCAUUCCCGAACGAACAUAUUUUUCGUCAUUACCUUCUCGAUUACGCAACCAAAUGCCCUUCCGCCACAUUGCGCAUAAAACACCGAAAAACAUAAGGCAGCAAAAAGUUGUUGGAGCCAAUUUGUUUGGGGCUACAUUAACUUUCGGGGCGAAUGUAAUACAGCAGCGGGUAACAGAGGAAUCAGGUUCAAUUAAGCGUGAAACAGUGAAAAAAUACGUUUUCAGAACGAGACGGCUGAUCAGAGUUUAUUCGGAAAAAGUGAGAAAUAAAAAAAGGUGGAGGGUUUCGAAUUAAUGGUGGAUAUAGCGCGAGGAUAACGUGUUUUAUUUUUUAUUUGUUUUUGUACUGGUUUAAGUGGUUUGGGACUGUAAGCGGUACGAUUAACCAUAUUGUAUGGCGAUAAAAUUUUUCGCUACUUUUCUUUGAGUUUUGAGGACUAUGCAAUUUAUACUACUCUUGGCAAAAAAGUUGUAAAAAUUGCCGCGAUAAAUCAUCAAAACUUUUGCCGUGGGCAGUAUCAGUCUGUUGGGAAAAUACUGAGCACAAUGUCGCUGCGCCAAUCGUGUCGUUGGAGUGAAAAGCAAUUUGAUUUUGCCGCGAGACAAUUCAUUUUCUUGGCAGCGAUGCGAUUUUCGAUGCGACAGAGUGCUUAUUCUCAUCAGACUAUUUAAAAUGUUACGUGUUGUUACAGUACGUUAUGUCUGAGGUUUUUUUGAUCUAAAACUGACUCUUGACCCCUUCGAAUAUUUUUGUUCUAGACAGUUUUAACAGAUGUGUUUAAAAUUUUACUAUGCGAUUUUGGAUACGACACAGUGCUUAUUAUUUUCUCGACAGGCUGAUAUUGACAAGGAAAGUACUCCGGGAGCGCAACGCUGAGAUUUUGACAAAAUUUGGCACAGGUAGAGAGUUUGUUUUUUUCGACACAGCGCUUAUUAUUUUCCCGACAGACUGAUAUGUAUUACACAAAGUUUAUGCCCCUGCAUUUCAAAUGGGAACAAAUCAAAGCAAAUUUCGAUUUUUUUUUCAAUUUCGCGGCCGCACCCUGCAAAAAACCCAAUUUUGCAUCGUGCAACCGGUGUAUCGCCUCGGCUCAAAUUAUUUUUCCACAAAGCUUUUUUCGCCCUCUGGAUAAGCCUUUGCUUAUUUUUCUCCAAAAAUCGGCAGUACCAGCUAUAUGUAUGUAGUCUAAAAUCAACUCCUUUCAUCAUGUUCAAUCCGCGGAAGCGCCCUUUUCCGGAGGGUUACAAACUUUUCUUUUGAAAAAAACAAACUUUUUACUUUUUUCUCAUGGAUUUUCAAGUCUGUCAAGUGGGUUCUUACGGAAUUUCAAGCACUUUUUGUACAAGCUUUUUGUUUUUUACUCUUUUGGAAGUAAUUUUUCUUUGGAAAAUUGCCAAAUUCAAUUUUUUUGAAAUUGAAAAAGACCCCGAGUUUCUCAUUUUUUGAAUCCAAAGUCAUUCUUCUUGAAAAAAAAUUUAAGCCCACCCAUUUUUCGCCGUUUUUUCUCCGACUUGGCCACGCUUUUUCCCAGAAAUUUUUUUUCCAAACUGUUGCGCAAAACCCGAUAAUUCGCAUUUGGCGGAAGAAAACGCGCAUUGAAGCGUUGAAACGAUGCUAAUUCCCUUAUAGUCAAGUCGGAAAGGAGUCUAUUUUUGGGUGACUUGAGAAAUUAAAAUUGGCCGUCAAAAACAUUCGGCAAGUCGGGCGAAAGUUGAGCGAGUCUUGGGAUUUUUUUUUUGGAAAAAAUGGGAAAAAAUUCGUUUUUUUGAGGUAUUCUUUGUGAAAAUGACGUAAAAUUUUAGCUGCGAGAAAAUUUACAUACCAAUUUUUUCUUUAAAAAAAAUUUUUUUUCCAAUGACUUUGAAUAUUUUAAUUUUUGUUUUUAACUUUAAAAAAAGUUGAAAGUAUCAUUUUUUUUCUUAUUUCUACUGUAGAAGGUUAUAUUUCCAAUCAUUUUCUCGGCAUACAAUAACCUUUGCUUAACGAAUACUCUUUUUGGUCGAUUUUUGCCGGGUUUCCGGUCGAUUUUGUUGAAAACCAGGGCCCGGCACCAAUUUCGGACCAUACUAUGUAUCUCGAAAAAAUCGACAUGUUAUACGAUCAAACGUUUACGAAAGAGAUCUGGACAUGUUUUACCGUAUAAAAUGUCCGCGAAAGAACUGAGAAUCUCUUCUUAGCGUGUGGACUCCAAAAAAGGGUAACUCAUCAGUCUGUCGGAAAAAUAAUGAACACAAUUCAUUUUUUUUGCGAUUUUCUCUGCAACAUAGUGCUCAUUAUUUUCCCGACAGACUGUUGUUCAUAGUUUUUUAUCGAAAAUUGGCCCUCCCAUUUCUUUAUGAUCCCCAUUGGCCCGACAAAAUCAAAUUCGGAACCGGCAAAAAUCGCCGCCAAAAGGUCGGGCCGUAUGCUCGGCAUUGAGCAUAAUGGACAAUGUCAAUUGGGAUCAUAUUCCCGGAAUAUGGCGCGCCGUUUUGAGGAAUGGGAGAGAAAAUGGGGUAAAUAGUAAAUAAAAACAAAAAAUUGGGGGGUUUUUCUACUUUUUGCUUUUCAAUUUGCCAAAAAAAUUUUUUUUGUUACAUGUAAUGAUGGUAUAUACCCGACAAAGCAAUGGGUUUAAGUUUUGUCCCUACAAUGUGCCUAGAGCGGGUACUAAUUGUUAGAAGUCCUAGCAGACGCUUUGCAGGCAGAGCCAAGAUUUUCAACUGCUUUUUUCGAGAGAAUACACAAAAUUCGGAGAGCGGUCAGAGAGAAAAACACUUUUUGGCCAUAUCUUUGUCAAUUUCCAGUGGAAAAAAUUGAUUUUUUGUGGAAAUAUUACUCUCUACGGUGGAAAUAAGGCCCAAGGUUUUUCAUGUCAAAAUUUCUAAAAAUGCCAAAUUGUGGCCAACUUUCCGACCAAAAAUCUCUGUAGUUUCUGGCAAAUUUCGAGCUGAAAAUCAUGCAUAUGUCAUCGGAAAAAUUUCUGAUGUUUUGCAAGCAGAGCCAAGCUAUUCAACCGCCUUUUUUCGACAGAGUACACAAAAUUCGGAGAGCGGUCAGAGAGAAAAACACUUUUUGGCCAUAACUUUACUAAUUUUGCUGGGAAACAACUGAUUUUUUGUGGAAAUAUUACUCUCUAGAGUAGAAAUAACGUCAAUGUCUAGUCAUGUCAAAAUUUACAAAAAAAAAAAAUCCAUUUUUUGACAAAAUUUUCGACCAAAAAUCUGGGUUGUUUAUGCGAGAGCGGUCAGAAAGAAAAACACUUUUUGGCCAUAUCUUUGUCAAUUUCCAGUGGAAAAAAUUGAUACAAAAAAAAAUCCAUUUUUUGACAAAAUUUUCGACUAAAAAUCUCGGUAGUUUCUUUCAAAUUUUAAACUAUUAUAAAACUUUGUUACAUUUCCUCGAAAAAUUUCUCUAAAUUUGUCCCAAGUUUUAUGAAAGUCCAAGGCUUCAAUUUUAAUAUUUUUUCAAGAGAGUACACAAAAUUCGGAGAGCGGUCAGAGAGAAAAACACUUUUUGGCUAUAUCUUUUUCAAUUUCGCGGGGAAAAAAUUGAUUUUUUGUGGAAAUAUUACUCUCUACAGUAGAAAUAAGGCCCAUAUCAAGAGUUUUCAUCUCAAAAUCUGCAAACAUUUUUUUAUACUUUAACCAAUUUUCGACUUAAAAAUUUUGGUUGUUUCUGUGAAAUUUUGAUCUAAAACUCUUCUACAUAUCUUCAAAAAAAUUCCUCUAAAUUUGUCUCAAGUUUCAUCAAGCUUAGACCUUUCGAUUCUGCACUUCUGUUCCCACUAGAUCAUAGAGUCUUUGCCCGCUUGCUCGUGGGAUAAUAUAUGAAAUCUUGUGGUCAUUUCCCCAGCGUAUUCCACCGGAACGGCAUAAUUAAUGGCUUCGAGCGAAGCUGACUCUCUUUUCAGUGCGCGGACACUUCUUCCAACGCCUCCAAGGCACUCGUGUUUAUUUACUCUCUCUCUCUCACCUCCGAACCCCCGAAACCCCAUAAUUAUUCCGGGAAUUCGCCUCUUUUAUGAUGACUCUUUGAUAUUUUAGGUAGCAAAAAGCAUGAUUAGUACUUUUUGGCUUCUAAAUUAAGCUUUUGGAAGCUAGAAAAAUAUAUUUUUUUUUUGAUUUUUUGAUACUUUUUCAUAAAAAUAUUUAGGAAUUUUUUUAAAAUUUUUUGAUUUUUUAAAUAUUUUAUUCUUAAAAGAAAUAAAAAAAAUAAAAAAAAUUGAUUUCAUUUUUAUUUUUUUAUAUUUUUUCACAGAAUCCUUUUGGAUUUUUUUACUAACUUUUUUUUUCAUUUUUUCGAUUUUUUAAAAAAAUCAAUUUUUUUAAAUUUUUCACUUUUUUCACAAUUUAUUUCCCCCAAAAAUAAGCCUAAUCCGGCGCUAGCGUCAGUUCGGGUUAAGUGACUUAUUCAGGUGCGUAUUGUUUACGGUAGGAACAAUAGCAGGAUCCUUGCGCGCAGAUGUGUGAAGCCAUCGCUUUCAUUUCGAAUUUUCACUUGGUUUUGGGCAAUUGAGGAGGUCAGUAAAUUCCUUUUUACUCAGUAAUAUUACAGUAGCAGCUCUGUACUAUAAGCCUUCGUUCAGCGAAGACUGUUUAUAACAUCAAAUUUCAGAGGUCCCGAUAGUCCGUUUUAGGCCAAAAAAAUCUCUAUAUAACAAAACCUUUGUAUAACGAACAAUCUUUUUUGGUCAAAUCCAUUAUUUAUAAGUCUGUCGGGAAAAUAAUGUGGAUCUGUCGUAGCAAAAUAUGUAGUAUCGCCACGUCGCAGUCGCUCAUCAAAUUUUUGGCGUCUAGCCGUCGCAGAGCGAUGAUGGGCGAUUCCAAGGCGCGAUGAAUCCACAUUAUUUUCCCGACAGACUGAUAAUGACCAAAAAAAUUAAUUUUUAUACAUAGGCUUUGUUAUCUGAAGGUUCAUUUGGCCUAAAGCUGGCUUUCGAGACCUUUGCAACGGUUUGUAAUAGAGAGGUUUUGUCACAUGGAAAUUUAUUGUCCAGAGGUUCUACUGUAUUAUUUUUAGAAGGCGUUUUAUACAUAUUAUAUCAGCCUGUCCACGGAUAAACUCGUUUUACAGACAUUUAAAAUAUCUGUAGAACUUUUUUUUCAAUACCAGCCUGUCGGGAAUUCCCCUCUAAUUUCGGACCAUAAUACAAUGUGUCUCCAAAAAAUCGACAUGUUAUACGAUGAAACAUUUAUGAACGAGAUUUGGAAAGGUUUCAUCGUAUAAUAUGUCCCCAUAGAACUGAGAAUCUCUUCUUAGCGUGUGGACUCCAAAAAAGGCCGUAAAUAUCAGUCUGUCGGGAAAAUAAUGAGCCCAAUUUUGAUUCGCCGGCCGCGUCGCUGAAAUGAAAAGCGAUUUGAUUUUGCCGCGAAGACAAUUCAUUUUUUCGGCGAUGCUAUUUUCGAUGCGACAGAGUGCUCAUUAUUUUCCCGACAGACUGUUGUUCAUAAUUUUCACCCACCGGCAAUGCUAUUUUCGAUGCCACAGAGUGCUCAUUAUUUUCCCGACAAACUGAUAUAUGUGCUUAGCGAGGUCUUAAAUUACUAAUACAGCUCUAAUUCCUAAAACUAAUAGUCUAUAGGUCCACUAACUCCUUGCGCUCCUCUGAAAUUCCCCUUUGAUUUGUUUAGAAUGCUUAGAAAGCGCGUUGAGUUUUUGACCGCGCGCGCGCUUCCGCCCGCCUAAUCCGGGUCUCAUUUUCGGUCCGAUUCAAAACAUUACAUAACAUUUGUUUAUCCUCUUUCCCCUCGUCCUCUAAUUAACCCGCAGGCUCGAAAUUUGCAUAUGAUAAUUACUGGUUGUUCGCGGGAAUUUCUCGCUUUGGAUUAUUACUUUUGCGCCGCGAGAGGAAUGGGAUUUCUGGGGCUGGCGGUUUAUGGGGUUUGGAAGAAUGGGAUGUGGGGUUGUAUUAAACCAGUUAUAUAGAUGAGGAUGCAUAGUAAAAAUUAUUUUUUUUUUUGGAAAAUUGUUUUUGUGAUUUUUUGAAUUUUUGGACGAUUUUUUGGAUUUUUUUUGAUUUUUUCUCGGAAAAAUUUUUUGAAAUUUUUUUAAAAAAUAAUUUUUUUGGAUUUUUCGGAGUUUUUGGAAAAUUCCCUUGAUUUUUAUGUGAAAAAAAAAUUUUGGAUUUUUUUAUUUUUUUUAUUUUUUAAAAAAUUUUAAAAAAAAUUAAUCAAGAUUUUUUCGUACAAAUAAAAUUUUUUUUGUUUUUCAAAAAAAAAAAACAAAAAAAUAAAACAUAAAAUAAAAAAAUAAAAUGUUUUUCUCAAAUUUCCAAAAAUUCUCACACCAAAAAAUUGAGCUUUUAGAAAAACAUUUUCUCGAUUCUCAAGGUUUUUGGAUAACUUUUUAUUAGAGUUUUUUUGAUAUUUUAUUUGAAAAAAUUUUUAAAAUAAUUUUUCAUUAAAUUUUUUUUUUAAUUUUUUUGUCCAACAUUUUCUUAUUUUUCCACAAAAAUAUAAUUAUUCAAAAAAUCUUUCCACUUUCCAAAAAAUCUCCCCUCUAAAGAAUUGAGCUUAUUUGGCGCAAUCUCGAAAACUUUUUGGCCUUUCAUUAACUUCAUUGCAUAUUCCUACUCUCGGCCAAGGGGAAAUGCAUUAGAAACUAGGGAAACGCUUUGAAAUCAUAAUGAAUACGUAUUUAUAGCGAGCUGAAUUUUCAUGUCCUCUUAGGGGAAUGGAUUUUGGAUUUUUGGGGAAAAUAUUUGGUAAAGUUUAAAAAAAUCGACCAAAAAAAAUUUUUUUUGACUAGAAGUAAUUAUCGACCAAUUUUUUUGGUCGAUAAAAUAUUUAUGCUGUCGAUAUACCUUUUAAUCGACCAAAAAAUUUUUUUCGACCGAGAAAAUGAAUCGACCAAGAAUUUUUUUCGACCAAAAAUUUUUAUCGACCAAAAAUUUUUACCGACCAAAAAUUUUUUCGACCAAGAAAAUGAAUCGACCAAGAAUUUUUUUCGACCAGGAAAAUGAAUCGACCAAGAAUUUUUUUCGACCAAAAUUUUUAUCGACCAAAAAUUUUUAUCGACCAAAACUUUUUUUUACCCAGAAAAUGAAUCGACCAAAAAUUUUUAUCGACCAAGAAUUUUUUUCGACCAAAAUUUUUAUCGACCAAAAAUUUUUAUCGACCAAAAUUUUUAUCGACCAAAAAUUUUUAUCGACCAAAAUUUUUUUCGACCAAAAAAAUUUAUCGACCAAAAAUUUUUAUCGACCAAAAAAAUUUAUCGACCAAAAAAAAUUUCCCAAUUUUUUCUUCCAAAAUUUUUAUUUAGUCAAUCCGUCUUCCAUUUCCAAAUUUUCACCCCUUCGCAUAAAUAAUUGUCGCUCUUUCUUCACCAUUUAUUAUAUUUCCCACUUAAUUUCCCGCCUUUCACACUCACAGCGGGAUGUUUGGUCGAAUUUUGGUGGCAAAAAUCAAAAUUUGGGCGUUUCGCCCAAAUUCGCACUACUUUUUUCAACAAAUUGCCGGAGGGGUUUAACGGCAAAUUAAGCGAAAAAGUGUCGCUAAUCCACUUUUAUGGGGUUUAAGCUGCGCGAGAAAAUUCUGAGAGCUUCAUUUUCCGUGUUAAUACCUUAUGUAAAAAUUAGGAGAGGGCGAAAAGAAAGGAGAAGGGGGCGAAAGUCCGACGAUUAAGGUUAGAGAAGGAUUAGAUCGCGGCUGGCUCGAUGAAAUAGUUUCAAACGAUAGAGUGAUGGUUGGUUAAUGGGUUUAGAAGCGGGAAAUAAAUACUAUGUUUGAGAAUACGGUGGAAAAUAGGGCUUGUAAUUAUACAAAGGGAGCCUGGAAAACUGCUUUGUUUGUCAUCAAUUUUAAAUGGGAAGUACUCCAAGUGCGACGCUCAGAUUUUGAUGAAACUUGGCACAAAUUUAGAAUAAUUUUUUCUAAGAUAUAUGCGAGAAUCCUAGCUCGCGCUUUGCAGAAACAGCCGAGAUUUUUAGAUCGAAAGUCGGCGAACAUUUAGGACUUUUUGCCGAAUUUUGGCACGAAAAGUUUCAUGCCUAUUUCAACCGAAAAGGAUAUUUUUUCUACAAAAAAUCAAAAUUUUCCGCACGAAACUGCCAAAGUUAUGGCCAAAAAAGCGUUUUUCUCUCUGACCGAUCUCCACGUUAGUGCUCUCUCGGCGACAAAAAUCGUUCGAUAUCUCGGUGGCGCCCGCAAAGCGCCAGCUAAAACUUUCAGGAAUUGAUAUUUAGUCCAUACCGGACGUGUGUGCAAAAUUUAAAGAAAAUCUGAGCGUCGCACUUGGAGUACUUCCCCUGUUAAUAAAGAAACAGUAUAAUUUUUCCCUGGAUACCAGAGAUUUAUUCUCGCGCACAUUAAGCAAUCGUAUUUUGUUCCCACUUUUUUCAAAAAUUUCAGUAAAUUAAUUUGCUUUUUGCACACUCUUCUUCUGAUUCUGAUGUCAUCUGCAGCCCUAAUUCGGCCUUAUUCAUUUACUUUUGCUCUGCAAAAAAAAAUCCGACAUUUUUAACCCCCAGAGGGCAUGUAUUUAUCCGUUUUCAUCAAUGAGCUCUUACAUUUGUUAUUCACGUCUCUACCAGUGUGUUCCCCAUUUAUAUAUGUAACGUUAUUAUUUUUCUAACACUCGUCAUUUCCUCUCGUGUUAUAUCUACCGCUUAAGGGGAAGUACCCCCAAGUUCAACGCUCAAAUUUUGAUGUCACUUGGCACAAAUUUAGAGUAUUUUUUUGAAACGUGUGCUAGGCUCCUAGUCAACACUUUUGACCGAGAUUUUUAGGUCGAAUAUUUCCGCAAAAAAAAUAAUUUUUUCCCCACGAAACUGGCAAAGAUACAGCCAAAGACCGUACUCUCUCGACCACAAAGAUCGUUCAAUAUCUCGGCUGUCCCUGCAAAGCGAAAGCUAAAACUUUCAAUUAUUAAUAUGUUACCUAUGUCGGAAGUAUGUGCCAAAUUUCAAAAAAUCUCUGAGCGUUCCACUUGAAGGGAUCCCUCAUAUAUAAGCUUCAUAGUAAUCCAAGAAUUACCCUUUAAUUUGUAUUGCAUAUCAUUAAGUAGUAGUACAAUAUCACGUAUAAAUUUCACUCUAAUUCUCUCGCAAAUGUCACGGGGUUUAUCCCAAAGAAACCUUUUUGUUCCUACAUUAUCCGUCUUGAAAUUGAGAAAAGGCCAAAAGCCGUUUCUCUCGAAAUUUGAAGAUUGACAGGGAAGGGGCUGUAAAUGUGGUUGGGUAAUCUUGAAAUUAGACGUUCGUUUAGAGAGGGGUCGUGGGUAAAAACGGCAGAAACAACGUUGAUAACGUUGGAAUUGAAAUCUUUUUUUUUACAGGGGAAGUACUCCGAGUGCGACGCUCAGAUUUCCUUUAAAUUUUGUACACACGUCGGGUAUAUACGCAAUAUCAAUUCCUCAAAGUUUUAGCUCGCGCUUUGCGGGCGCCACCGAGAUAUCGAACGAUUUUUGCCGCCGAGAGAGCACACUAAACGUGGAGAGCGGUCAGAGAGAAAAACGCUUUUUGGCGAUAACUUUGGCAGUUUCGUGCGGAAAAAUUUGAUUUUUUGUACAAACAUUAUACUUUACGGUUGAAAUAGGCAUGAAACUUUUCGAGCCGAAAUUCGGCAAAAAGUCCUAAAUUUUGGCCGACUUUCGAUCUAAAAAUCUCGGUUGUUUCUGCAAAGAGCGAGCUAGGAUUCUCGCAUAUGUCUUAGAAAAAAUUGUUCUAUAUUUGUGCCAAGUUUCAUCAAAAUCUGAGCGUCGCACUUGGAGUACUUCCCCUGCAAAAAUAAGUCGUAUAUUCACGGCCAACGUCAAUCAGGCACUGUGCCAAAUGAAUUGUUUUGAAAACUCCAUUAUCGCAUAAAGCUAGCGUGACUUUGUGCCAUAAUGCCAUUUACUGCGCCGCGCGUAAACACGUCUAGACCUCUGGGCCUGUUUACAGGUGUCCAAAUUUACUAGAGACGUCUUCCAAAUGCAACGCUCAGAUUUUCUUUCAAUUUUACGCACAUCUUUGGCAUAGGCCACAUGUCAAUUUUUGAAAAUUUUAGCUUGCGCUUUGCAGGGGCAGCCCAGAUAUUCAACGAUGAUUUGGCGAGAGAGCGUGCGAAAGGCGGAGAGCAGUUUGAGAAAAACACUUUUUGCCCGUAUCUUUUCCAGUUUCGCGUAGGAAAAGUUGAUUUUUCGUGGAAAAAUCACCCUUUACGGUCGAAAUAGACAUCAGACUAUUUCAUGUCAAAAUUCGCAAAAAAAAAAACUCGGGUGGGAAAUUUUGAUUUUUUAUGAAAAAAUCACCUUAUCUGGUAUAAAAUCAGAUUGAACUUUAUGAUCACAAAACUAACAAAGAAAGUGUCAUAUUUUGGCCAUUUUUCGGCCAGAAAAUCUCGGUCGAUGCUGCAAGGCGCAAGCUAGGAGCUCCGUGUCGGUCUUAGAAAUAAUAAUUCUCUGUAUAUCCGUGCCAAGUUUCAUCAAAACCUCAGCGUUGCACUUGGAGUACUUCCCGGAUCUGCCAAGCUUUAUUGGCCGAUGACUUGGGAAGUAGUAGAGGAGAUUUUAAAAAAUUUGUAUUUUAGGACCCUAAGGGCCUAUGUUUUUGACAAAGUGAAAAUUUAUCAGUCUGUCGGGAAAAUAAUGAGCACUCUGUCGCAUCAAAAAUUGUGCCGAGAAAAUGAAGUCUUCGCGGCAAAAUAAAAUUGCUUUUGACUCCAGCGACGCUAUUGUUGCAGCGAUAUUGAGCUCAUUAUUUCCCCGACAGACUGAUACCAUCCAUUUCUUUGGCCAUAAAUUUCAAUUUAACGUUUUCAUCUCCUCAAGUCAAACUUUGUUUUAACGAUUUUCAAACAAAACCCCAUCCAAUCGGCUUAUAAAUUGGAUAAGAGUCAAAAAAUUUUCCAAUUUCCCGAUUGAAAUUUGGACACAAAACGAUUUGUUUUUGGCCGAGUCGGCUUUCGGUUUCAAGUUGAAGCUUUAAACCCUCUCUUGUUUCCACGGACGCAGAUUUUCGCACCUUGCUCGGUUGUAAACCGGGGUGUGAAUUUCGCUUUUAUAUAAAUAAAAAGACGAGGAGAUACCAGGUGUUUAGGGGGUGAAAAGGCGAAGGGGGAGAGGUUAGUCAUUUCGGGUGGGACUUUUUAUUAGUAUUCAUCGUAUUGUACGAUCAUUUUCGGAGAGCUGAGAUGGGUUUUUUGGCUGAAUUUUGGGUGAAGCAAGGAGUGAUGAUUGGCUUUAAAAAAUAGUAAAAAAAGGGUUUUUUGUGUUGUGUUUUUAAACUUUAAAGAUCUAAAUGUUACAGACAGGUUAAGAAACGUUUAGAAGAAAACUAUAAACUCCAGUAGAAGCGACCGUUACAAGGGAAGUACACCAAGUGACGCUCUGGUUUUCUUUAAAUUUUGCGCACAUUGGAGUUGGAUAUAUCGUAUAUCAACUACCGAAAAGUUUAGCUCGCGCUUUGCAAAAAGAGCCAAGAUAUUCAAUAAUCUUUGCGGCCGAAAGAGUACGCGAAACGCGGAGAGCGGGCAGAGAGAAAAACUUUUUUAUAACUUGAAAUUUUUUGUGGAAACAUUGCAGUCUACAGUAGACAUGGCUCGUCGGCCGGCCCGGCCCGUUUCAAAUUUUCCGUCGGCCCGGCCCGGCCGGCCCAUUGAAACGAAAGUCUCCCCACAUCUAACCCCUUAUGACCAAAUUUUUUUCUAUCAUCAUGUGAAUGGAUAAAUCCAUAGCUAUCUAAAAACAAAAAUACCUUUAAAAAAACCAAUUGUGUCUUGACAUUGCAUUUAUUUUCAUUAUCAAACCCAAUUUUCGCUUCGAGAUUCUGGAUUUUAAAUAGUCCGGGCCGGCCCGGGCCGAAACGCCGGCCCGGCCGAUCUGAAAUCGGCCCACGGCCCGGCCCUGGCCGGCCCGGGAGCCAUGUCUAGUCUGCAGUUGACAUAGGCAUAAAACUUUUUGUUAUUGACCGGUCUAGAAUGAAAAAAUUUAACGAGUACCAUAGGCCAUAUUUAGGGCCAUUUUUUGGGUCCUUCUGGACAGCGCAGACAACGUGACAAAUCUGAUAUUUUUAUUAUAAUUCUGUGCAAGUAAUUCUAUACCUUUCGUCUUUUUUUAAAACUUUGCAAUUGAAAAAUUUCCAAAAUUUACCUUUUUUUCUAACCAUCCCUAUUUCCAGCCCGCAAUGCACCCGGCUGUCAGCUAUCUACUCCUCUGAUCACUGUCGCUCCACCCUCAACGGCACCAUGAAGACGCCGGAUCCGGCGGUGUCGCUGAUGCUGCCACAGUCGCCCUUGGACUACAACACGCACAACUCGAACAUGAGUAUUCAGCGGCGGAUACCUCCGCCGCCGGAGCGAAGGAAAUCGGUGAAACCGAUCGGGGUUUCGUGGAGAUUCCGAGUGUUCAACGAGAACACGGCGGUUCUCUUCUUCUUGGCAUUCGUGCUGACAUUGGCGCUGUUUGUAGCGCAGGCGGUUUUUAAAAGUAAGUUUUUUUUUAAAAAUUUUUUUUGCGAAUUUUGCGUAAUUUUUGUAGUGUUAUAAAAAGAUAGUAAAGUAUCUUACAGGGGAAGUAGUCCAAGUGCUACGCUCAGAUUUUGAUGAAACUUGGCACAAAUUUAGAACAAUUUUUUCUAAGAUAUAUGCGAGAAUCCUAGCUCGCGCUUUGCAGAAACAACCGAGAAUUCUAGAUCGAAAGUCGGCCAAAAUUUAGGACUUUUUGCCGAAUUUCGGCCUGAAAAGUUGCAUGCCUAUUUCUACCGUAAAGGAUAAUGUUUCUACAAAAAAUAUUUUUUUUCCGCGCAAAACUAGCGAAGUUAUGGCCAAAAAGCGUUUUUCUCUCUGACCGUUCUCCACGUUUAGCGUGCUCUCUCUGCGGCAAAAAUCGUUCGAUAUCUUGGCGGCGCCGGCAAAGCGCAAGCUAAAACUUUCAGAAAUUGAUAAUUAGAUCAUGACCGACGUGUGUGCAAAAUUUAAAGAAAAUCUGAGCGUCGCACUUGGAGUACUUCCCCUGGUAACUAUUUUUUUUCAGAUUCUUUCCUCACCUUGUAUUCCCGCCAUGAAAUUAUCGACUUAACAAGGACGGAUGCCAAUUUGGAGAUUGGGAAAUCAACGAGUUUGAGGGCCCCUCCAAGACGUCUAACAUAUACGUAAGAAAUAUGCAGUUUAUAUUUUUAUUCCGCGUAUUUUACCCGUUCUAUUUUACCUCUAUUGUGUUAUGAUUCAUUCAUUUUUAGGACAGUUUCUAUACCCGAAAAAGCGAACUUGGCAUUGAUGUUCAACACCACAAAUUCGGCUAGAUUUGUGGUCUACGCCAUGAGAACUUUGAGUCCAACGCCAACUUUAUACGACUACAGAAGAGUUGUGAAUGUGGAUCGUCUUCAUUCACAAGGCGUGGUGAUUAGAGACGAGGCGGUGGAGGACGUGUUUUACGAAAGCGAUGUGAGUGAAUUUUUUGAAUUUUUUGAUAAAAAAUCAAUAAAAAAAAAUAUUUUUUUAAUUUAUUUUAAUAAAAAAUAUUUUUUAAAAAUAAAAAAAAUAUUUUUAAUUAUUCUUUUUAUUUUUGCAACGCAUUUUAAAACCAGAAAAAAUCAAAAUUAAAAAAAAAUAUUUUUGUAAAAGUUUUUUAUAAUUUUUUUUUCAGAAUCGAAACGGCCUAGUUACAUUCCCAGUAAACGUUGGCGAAUGGCACAUCGCUCUGUUGAAUGACCAUAUUGAGCCUUUGCAAAUGACUGUAACUCCAUUCUUGUUCGAUGAAAACCUUCAGAAUGGCUGUAAAUUUGAGUGUUUUGGGAAAGGAAGCUGUCAAAAUGGAAGUUGCCAGUGUUUCCCGGGAUACUCGGGGAAAUAUUGUCAGGAAAGUAAGUGAAAAAAUAUUAAGAAUAAUAAAAAUAAAAAAAAUAAAACAAAAGAAAAUAAGAUAAAAUGAAAAAAAUAAAAAUAAAAUAAAAAAAUCACAAAUAAAAAAAAUAAAAAUAAAGAAAUAAAAAUAAAAAUAAAAAAAUAAAAAUAAAAUAAAAAAAUCACAAAUAAAAAAAAUAAAAUAAAAUAAAUUAAAUUAAAAUAUUUAGAUAAAAAAAUAAAAAUAAAAAAAUAAAAAAAAAUGAAAUAAAAAGGAAUAAAAAUUUAAAUAAUGUUUUUUCAGCCUCCUGUCCAAUUCUUUGCUCUGGAAAUGGCGUAUUUUCCAACGGAGAAUGUGUUUGUCAUCAAGGAUAUCAUGGGAAAAUCUGCGAGAAAAUUGAUCGAAAGCCGGAGCCAUCCUAUUUGCAAUCGUUCGAUGGGGCUUUUCAACGUGAGUUUAUGAAAUUUUAAUGAUUAUAGUACGAUUUAAAAGCAAAAAAAUUGUUUUGACUUUUUUAAAUAUUUUAGCAAAAAAAUAUAUAAAAAAGAAUAUUUUUGAGAUUUUUUGACAGUAAAAAAUGAAAAAAAAAUAUUUAAAAAUUUUUAUUUUUUAUUAUUUUUUUUUAUUUUUUAAAAUUUUUUAUCCUUUUUUUUAUUUUUUUUUAUUUCAGACACCAACAUAAUGCCCGUCUCCUCCGAAUUAUACGCUCCAAAAUCCACCGAAUCCUCCUUUCAAGCCGAAAAAGUCUCCUCCGAAAAAUCCUUAAAAAUCGACCCAAAACCGACUGAAAUUUCGACCACAAAAUCCUCCAUUACCUGUCAUAACGGUGGAACUGCCGAAGGUCCAAUUUGCAGAUGCCGCCAUGGAUUUGGCGGGGAAAAAUGCGAUGAAGUGAAGUGUCCGAACGAUUGUAAUGGACGCGGGAGAUGUCUGGAGGGCGUCUGUCAAUGCGAAAAUGGGUGGAAUGGAAAGGAUUGUGGGAUAAGUAAGUCUUACUUUUGAUUUGUUUUUUGAUGAUUUUUUAACAAAAAUUAGGUAAAAGUUCCUUAUUUUGGCCACACCUUAUAACUUUGCGGAAACUGGUCGGAAUUAGCCCAAAUUUAGCGUGCACGCUCAAUUCAUCGUUGUCAAUGCCCGGACAGUGGAUUUAGUUAGUGAGGUACCUUCUUUUUUACGUACCACCUUACCCUUCAAAAACGGCUGCAGCCUGUGAUUUUACACUUUAUACGAUGAAACAUGUCCGGAACUAAACUUAUUGCCUCCGUAUGGAACAAAAUGAGUCGUCACAGCCUUCGUAGGUACCCUUAAAGCUAUAGAGCUCAUAUAGUAAUUCAGUGCCAGCUAGGUCGGAGCGUUUUUUCCUAACUUUAGUGCCCAAGCUUGGGCGCAGUUCGCGGAGUACCUUUGUUGUGGCCAAAAUAAAGAACUUUUUCCAAAAUUACAAUAUUAGCAAGGGAAUAUUCCAACUGCGACGCCUAGAUUUUGAUGAAACUAGAGUGGUUAAUCUUAUCCAAUCGCAAAAAGCUUACCAUUUUGCAUCCAAAAAGUAUCAAAAAUGUGCCAAAAUACCUCCCUCUGCAAAGUAAAGAGACUCCAUUUUUAAAAGCGCACCCGCUUUUUUUUUUGUGAGAAGCAGGGCGCGCCCUUCAAAACGGAGUUUUUUUUCACUUGUAGAGGGAAGCAUUUUGCUACAUUUUUAAUACUUCCCGGAAGCAAAAUGGUCCGUUUUUUGCCACUUGAUCAGUCCGCCACUGUGGUCGCAAAUCCAAAAUAACUUUGUUAAGACGAUUUGCGGGGUUCCUAGCCGACAGAAACAAGCAGGUUUUUGGAUCGAAAAUUACGAAAAAUGCAACCAUUUUUUAUAUUUUUGCAAAUUCAGACAUGAAAAGUUUCACGUUUAUUUCUACCAUAAAAAGUAAUGUAUACUCAAAAUAAUGAAUUGACUUGAUUUAUAGCCUUCGUACUACGGCUAUGCUGAAAAGAUAUGAUGUUUUAGCACUAUUCUUCGAGUAAAGAUCCUAUAUCAAGUUUUCAAAAGAUAUGCCGAAAAUUUGCAACAUUUUGCCUCUUUCAGAUGGCUGUCCGAACCACUGCAAUGGAAAUGGGAAAUGUCGGAGGUCCAAUGGCAAAUACAGCUGCAAAUGUAACGAGCUUUUCUUCGGCGAAUCCUGCAACUAUCGAACUGAGGCUGUCUGUGAUGACGGGCUGGAUAAUGAUAACGGUAAGAGCUUUAUGUUGCUAGUGUUUGCGAUCACCUCUCCCCCUCGUAUUUUACAAAUCAUCCUCUCCAAAAUCGUUUACAAAUCAUCUUUCAGACGGCCUCGCCGACUGCUUGGAUCCCGACUGUUGCUCGUCGACGCAUUGCCAGGCCAACCCUCUUUGCAUGACCACCUCAACGAACCAAACUCGCCCAAAAACUUCGACAAGAUCCUCUCAAGAUUUCUUCGACAAAAUGAACUACUUGAUCCAGCCAGGCUCCGCGCAGCGAUACGCAGAUCACAAAGCCUUUAAGCGAAGUCUCUUCAGUGUUUUGAAAAUGAAAAUUGUCGAUGAAAAAGCGGGACCGUUGAUGGGAAUGAGGGUGGUCAAUGAAAUGAAACCCAAGCAAGGUAAGAAUAAUACUAAUAAAAGUUUGGGUCUAAAAUUAUUGGGGCUCUUCACGCUACAGGCUUGAUGAAAAGCUAUGACAAAUUGAAGGGCCAGUAGGGCGUAACAGCAUAAGUUUGACUCUUGGUUUGGCCGCUUGAGAAAUGAAAUGGGGAGAAACUUACCUUGCUUAGAAGUGUAGCCGUGUCGAAAGGCCCGGCAACCCAGUAAGGAGACAAGACGAGAGCUCAAGAGUCAAGUGAUUUAUUCAGUGGAAAGGAGACCUUUUAUAGGGGAGCCCCACGUAGGAGAGUACACUCAAAUUUGGAUAAAUGCAGAUCGUUCCUCGUGGGAAAACCCUCGAAGUUCGGUCGUUACGCGUGACAAAUCGAUCUCCAAUUGUUUUGAUUAGCUACACCUCUUCCUAUAAUGUCAAGUGGCGGACUUGAUCUAUUGACAAAAAACGUACCAUUUUGCAUCCGGGAAGUAUCAGAAAUGCAGCAAAAUACCUCGCUCUUCAACUAAAAAAAGAACUCCGUUUUGAAGAGCGUUUCCUUUCCCUCACAAAAAAGCAAGACACACUUCCGAAAUCAAAGUCUUUUAACUUGCAGGGGGAGAUAUUUUUCUGCAUUUUUGAUACUUCCCGGAGGCAAAAUGCCACAUUUUUUCCACUGGAUCUGGUCCCUCACUCGCGAAUCUUUCCGCACUGUGUAUUAUUAUAUAUCAGUCUGUCGGGAAAAUAAUGUGGAUUCGCAGCAAAAUGUCUCAUCUCGUCGCAGUCGCUCACCAUGUUUCCAGCCGCGGCUAGCAAAGCGAUGAUGGGCGAUUUCGAACCGCAACGAAUCCACAUUAUUUUCCCGACACACUGAUGGCGUUUGGACUGCGAAAACUUUGGCGGUAGCUCGUUGCAAGUAAAGUCGAAAUAUUAGAGGGAUUUAUGAAAUUUUUUAUUUUUUCAUGAACUUAAAGUCUCUCAUUUCUCUAAUUUUUCAUUUUUCAGGCUUCACUCUCACCAACGAAGCCGGCGAAGCCGAGCUGGCCGUGAACGGCGGCGGAUAUGUGCAGCUCUCUCUUCUCCGCCAUCCCUUCGGCCUUCUCCAUUACAAUCUCUUCGUGCCGGCCAAUCAGCUCCUCGAUUUGGGAACACUCUCCAUCUCGCAGCUCCAACACCCCUCCUCCUACAAUUCUACAUCGAAAUGCGCUGAAAAAUUGGCUGAAAAUCCGAUGAAAAUUCGAAUUUUCAACGAUUUUUCGCAAUUCUCCGAAGUUAUUCCGGAUAAUUUCGAUAUGAAAAUCGAAAAUGAGAUCUCGUUGAGCUACAGUGACAAGGGCUCGGUGUUGAUCUUCAAAUGGGAGGAGAAAUCGCUGGAAAACGUUGAAAAUGUGUUGAUGAAAAUUUCCGCGGCCGGCAGAGUCUUUGAAUUCGAUUUGAAGCCGAGAAAAGAGUUCGUCUUCGAGUUUGAUGGGGAGAAUGAGCAUGGAGAGAAAGUGGAAGGAGCUGUAGAUGCUCUGGGUAAGUUGGGAACCACUGAAUUUGAAGGGGAAGUGGGCCAAGUGCGACGCUCAGAUUUUGAUGAAACUUGGCACAAAUUUAGAAAAGUCUUUGCCAAAAUAUACGAGAAUUAUAGAUCACGCUUUGCAGAAACAACUGAGAUUUUUGGAUCGAAAGUCGGCGAAAAAUUGACACUUUUUGUCGAAUUUCGGGACGAAAAGUUGCAUGUCUGUUUCUACCAUAGAAGGUAAUGUUUCCACAAAAAAACAUUUUUUUCCGCAUGAAACUGGCAAAGUUACGGCAAAAAAAAAUGUUUUUUCUCACUGACCGCUCUCCGCGUUUCGCGUUCUCUCUCUCUCUCGGGGGCAAAGAUGAUUCAAUAUCUCGGUGGCGUUUGCAAAGCGCGAGCUAAAACUUUCAGGAAUUGAUAUCUAGUCUAUGCCCGACGUGUGUGCAAACCUUAAAGAAAAUCUGAGCGUUUCACUAGGGGUACUUCCCUUGUUAGGGCAAAAUGUUUCGAAAAGGAUCAACAUGCACUGUGCAGUGCGAAAAAAAGAUCGAAUGAAGUUUACGCACUUUUGAGAAAGCGUACAGCGGGGAACCUGAUCCAGUGGAACGAAACGUACCAUUUUGCAUUGGGGAAGUAUCAAAAAUGUGGCAAAAUGCUUCCCUCUCCAAGCGACGAAACUUAGGUUUGAAGGAUUUCCCUCACAAAAAGAGCGGACGCACUUUUGAAUUUGGAGAAUUUUUCACUUGUAGAGGGAAGCAUUUUGCCACAUUUUUGAUACUUCCCGGAUGUAAAAUGGUACAUUUUUUGCCACUGGAUCAAGUCCCCCACUGUAACAUCGCCGUGGCUUUGCUGAAAAAUUUGCACAGUGCAAAAACGUGUAAACAGAAGGAGAAGCAAUUUUUGUAAAAUACGUUGAAUCAAUUAGCGUUUCUUAUGCUUUUUCUUUUCAGUCAAAGUGGGAUACAAAUACCAAAACUGCGAUAAAAUUUACUGGAAUGCCUACAAAGAGAAGAUCAUUGUGAAAGCCGCGGAUAAAAAGUGUUGUGGACCGUUAGGGCUGAAUGUGGAACAUUUCUACGACUCGAAAUCCAGUAAGUCUUCAUUUUUCACCUCAAUUUCUUCCUUUUUUCACCCUAAUUUCAUCAAUUUUCAAAAAAAAAAAAAAAAAUCCCAAUUUCAACAAAAAAAAAAUCGCCGAUUUUUUCAAUAUCCCUUGAAUUUCAGACCUUUUUCAAUAUGGAAACGGCACAGUGAUUGAUCUAAAUCAAUACAAAUCACUUCAACCAGUCAAAACCAACAUCUCAGUGGCCUCAAAUUCCGAUCAAGUCUUGGUUUUGGCGGAUGGAUCGAUAAUUUUGAAGCAAAAUGACAAAAUUUUGCAUAAUGGAAAUGUCAUUUUGGACGGAUUCGAUUUUAAGCACGCUAGAAUGAGCGUAGAUCCGUUGAGGAAUGAGGUGAAUGUGCUGUUUGAGAAGACUAAUAAGGUAAAUUUGAGUUUUUGAAAAAACAAAAAAUUGAAAAAUUUUUAAAAAUUUCUUUUUUAGGUGAUAAAGAUUCGAUCAAUCGAAAAAUUCUCAAGUCCUGUGGAGAAUUUCCAAGUCGUUUUGGAGUCUCAAUCCAUUUGUAAUGGCGAUGUGGUUGGAUGUUUGAAUGGAAAGACAGUUCAGGAAGCCAAUUUCAAGCAGAUUCAAGGUAAGUAUCACUACGACUUUUCGGGUCGACGACAGUUCGGGUGAGUACGAUCGAUCGUUACGGGGCGUAGGCCAGGUGGGCGCCCAAAACAAGGUUCUAGGAAGACUUACGAGGCCUGGCAAAACCGCUGGAUUAUCGGCGGAGGCUCGGCGGAGACUUGGCGAAGACUUGCGAUAUGUCCACUUCUUCUAAUUUUUGCUAUUACUAACGUUUGUUUUAUAAACCCUGAGUUAUUUUAACAUAUAAAAGACCAAAAUUUGUGGCAAAAAACUAAAAAAAAACUAAAAAAUAAGCUAUCCUAUAGAACCCUUUUUGUUACUAGUCGCGACAUAAAGUCCUGACACAUUUUGUCGCGGGUGUCGCGCGAGAAAAGUGGCAAGUUCGCGCGAAAGUGCAUUUCGCUAGUGCAAAAACGGGGAAUUGCCGCGACGGGUCCGAAAGAAAAACAAAAUGCACUGUGCAAAUGUGUCAGGACUUUAUGUUGCGACUAGUAUUUCUACUAAUUACUACAACUUUUUUGCGGCGACGCAUUUAAUAUUUUUUAAAAAAAUUAGUAGAAAAAUUAAGAUGACCACGUCUGUCAGUCUGUCUGAAAAACAUUGAGCCCAAUGACGCUCUGCCAGUCACGUCGCUGAAGUAAAAAGAAAUUUUAUUUCGCAACGGCACAAUUCAUUUUCUUGGCGGCAACGCGAUUUUCGAUCCGGCAGAGUUCUCAUUAUUUUCCGACAGACUUAUAGCUUCACGUCUUUAACUGCUUACAAAUUAUCCAUUUUCAGACAUUGCCUUCGACAAGCGCGGCAACCUUCUUUUCCUGGACUCAAAUGCUCUCUUCUACAUCGAAAACAGCCUAAUUCAUCUGCUUGGGCAAUUCUCAUCGCUCUCAUUCUCCACCAAAUGCCUCAAAACUUUCGCAUUGAAAGAUUUGGGACUUCAUUCGGCCCAGCGAAUUCUCAUCGAUCCCUUGACCGGGCAUCUAAUCCUGCUCGACAAGAACGCUCUCAUCUAUCGGAUCGACAUUCACAACCAAAUUGCGCAUCGAAUUUACAACGGUCUCCACGACUGUGGUCAGAAUUCGGAGGCCAGCCGCAUUCACAGUGUAAAUCACAUCGAAAUUGAUGUGAAUUCGAAUAAUUUGAUCGUUUUUGGCUUCCUCAAAAAUGGAGAGUUGACCGUGCAAAGUGUGGACUUGAAUAGCGAUGAGAUCUCGACGAUUGUCAAGGACUUGCGACGCUGCAAAUGCUUGAAAGUGGGAUGCAAAUGCAGUGAGGAGGAGAGCAAGAAUGACGCGUAUGCAGUGACGUCGGUUAGUGUUGGAGGGAAAGGUGGGUAAUUACUGUAUAUUAUUGGUGAAAAAAAUAAAAAAUUGGGCCGAUUUGGCCAUGAAAAGAAGCAAAAAAAUAUAAAAAAUUUUUUGAAAUCACAUGCAACAGCGGCGGACUUGAUCCAGUGGCAAAAAACUGCAUUUUUUUCCGACCGCUGCAGCAAGCCGGGAGCUGCUAAAAGCUGCAGUGGCGACCUGAUCCAAUGGCAAAAAAACGUACCAUUUUGCAUCCGGGAAGCAUCAAAAAUGUGGCAAAAUGCUUCCAAGUGAAAAAACUCCGUUUUGAAGGGCGUCUUCACAAAAAAAGCGGACAAUCUUUUGAAAUCGGAGUUUUUCACCGGGAAAUGGAGGUAUUUUGCCACAUUUUUGAUACUUCCAGAAUGCAAAAUAUGCAAAAUGGCAUGCUUUUUGACACUGGAUCAGGUCCGCCACUGUAUUUAGGGAAAGUCAGCAAAAUUUAAAGAGAAUUUCAAAAGUUUUGAAUACUCUAUGAGCAAAUAUUUUUUUGGGAACUCUAAAGCUGAAUAUCGCCUAAAACUUGCAAAAAGUUUCCAAAAAUAACGUCAUCACAAACAUUUUUCACUAUUUUCAGGUCAAAUCCUCUUCACCACUUCCAAUCCCUUUGGGAUUUUCAAGCUCUCACCGCUCGAAAUCUUCUUCGACAAAUCUUUGGCGACCUUUACCAUAACCCUCCCAAAUUCCUCCGAAUUUCAUACGUUCGACCGGAACGGCCGACUCCUCUCAACGGUGAAAUCGACGACGCUUCAACGAAAAAGAGAGUUCCGCCGAGAACUGAGCGAAAAAAGCGCUAAAACCGACUUAAUUUUGGCGUCCGGCGAGCAUUUGAGUGUGACUCAAGAGGCCCCAAAUAAAUGGUCGAUAACGCAUGGGAACGGUCGACGAAUGGAGGUGCAAGUCCAUGAGGGUGUGGUGGAGAUCAGAGAGGAUGGAAAACUCAUCAAGAAGAUGGAGUUUACAGUGAAUGGAAGGCUUUUACGGACCGAUUUGGACGAGAUUUUGUAG